AUGGCACCUCUUUCGUUGAACUUCAGGGAUGAUAAGAAAUACAAGGGCCUCACGACAGUAUGGCUGCUUUCUACCCUAGGGAAUUCUGUUGUAAGAGAAAAUAAUAGUUCUUAUUCGAACAAAAGCAACUCUACCGGAAAUAUUUCAGCAUCCACAGUUAAAAAAAGAGAUAUAGUAAAUAUUUCUAUACCGAAGACAUGCGAUGAAAUUCAAAAUUUUGAGAAUGAUCUAUCACUUAGAUAUAUUUCUAACCUUCUGUAUGGGGUAGCAAUUUGCUACAACAAAAAAACUGAGUAUGUGUUGAAUGAUUUGAAUAUCUUGCUUGUGCAAUUACAAAAAAAUGAUGCAUAUACUUUCAAGACCAAAAGUAAGUCAAGGAUAAAUGCGUUGAAUAAUAACAAUAGUAUUAUUGGGAACAAAAACAAUAAUUAUACCUGGGAAGAAUGCGUUUUUUUUGAUGAUGAUCCCUUAUAUGAUAUUACGAAAGUUCCGGCAUUGGACUUUCUUAAUACCACUCUUCAAGAUAACGUGUCUUUCAUUGAGGAGGCUAAAUCAAUAAGGAGGCAAGAUUAUAUAAACGAGCUGAGCAAUUCUAAUAGGUUCGAACUUCAUAGCGAUAGGGCUAAUUCGGACGUGCAACGUAAGUUAGGACCUAACUUUAGAAAUUCUUUUUCUUUGGAUGAGAUUCCUAUUGAUGUAGACUUUAACCUGGACUUGGAAGAUAUAGUGAGUCAUCAGGGGACACCUCUAGGUUCUCAUUCAAGUUCCCAGAAAGAUAGCAACGAUUUCAAGUUCAAUUACGAAGAUGACGAGUUAGUGUUAAAUUUUGACAACGAUAAUGAAAACAACGGCAACGACGGCGAGGAAACGCCACAUGAAAAUGAAAGGCCGGCAGCCAAUCUUAAGGACUACGAAUUGGGUUUAGAAGAGCAGGAACUUGAAGAAGAAAAUAAUGACGGUCAAGGAAGAAUACACAAUAAUAUACAAGUGAAGCGUCGUACCGGGGAAGCUAGCCUAUUGUCCAGAGUACAGUUCGAUGCUAAAACAAGUCACCCUAACGAAAUUCUGAAGUUCAAUCAUGGGAAUUACAGUAACCUGAUGGAAAAAAAUAGAAAAAGAAAACCAAAUGGUCAAAUUUCCUAUCAUUCUAAUGUAAACAGUUUGAUGAUGUCAAGUGGUGAGCCAGAAUGUGUUUACAUGAAUUGGUUAAAUAUCUUCAACGACUUUUCCGAUGUAAAGAUUGGAGAAUUGGAUUCAAAUCCCCAAGACUUUGGCACAAUUGAGAGGGGAAGGAAAAGAGCACAUUCUCUGGUGUCAACCCAAAGCUCGAACAGCAUUAGAAGUAACGAGUAUGGCAGGAAGAGUUUCCGAAACGGUAAAAACGAUAAUUACUCUUCCGAUAUGGAAAACGAUAAUUUGCUUUUAAACCUCGAGCAGAUCAAUGAAGACCUGGAAGACAGACACUACAUUGAGGAAAACUCUCAAGAUAAUAUCCUAGAUUUCAAUUUGAAUUUACCUCCUUCAAGUUUUGGGAGAAGUCAUACCAGAAACUCGACCAGGUCCAGUGGUUUCAAUGAAGAUAUCGUUAGCGCCCUUAGAAGGAGAACCGGACCCUCUGAACAGAAUUUCGUUGAAGAAAGCGAUUCUAGCAACAAGUAUUCUUCCGACGGCGCUCGGCAAAACUUACAUCACGAGGAAACGAACUUUCAAGAUGUCAUUCUGGACUAUCAAACGAGAAAAUUUUAUGAUUACAUCAAAGAAAGGUCAGUUGCCAUCGGUAGAACAACACACUCAAAUCCACCGUUCAAGAAAAAAGUUCUGCUUCUUGAUAUUAUUCCAAGCCGCAUGGGCGAAGCCCAAACUGGAUCUGACUUUGAUAAUUCAGAGAAAGGGGUGAGCAGACAAAUAGCGGCCAGCGCUUUCUUAUCCUUACUGAACUUGGCCACGAAGGGAAUGGUAAAACUGAAUGAGUAUCCCGCUGCAAAUGCGGCUGAUGAAGGGACUAAGUUGAGGAGAGAAGAUGAGAUCGUCAUCUACACCUGA